AUGUCCACUCCUCCUACUUCAUACANNGUCGAGCAACAUGGCCUGAAGAAGAUUGCCAGCGGCAAGGUUCGCGAGAUCUACGAGAUUGAUCCUCAGAGCCUCCUCUUCGUUGCCACAGACCGCAUCUCAGCCUACGAUGUCAUCAUGAAGAACGGAGUCCCCCAAAAGGGUGCCCUUCUUACUCUGAUGACUGCCCACUGGUUCAAUCUGUUCAAGNAGAAGAUCCCCGACCUCAAGACUCACUUGCUGAGUGCUUCUGUGCCUGCUUCGGUUGCUUCGUCUCUUCCUGCCGAAGUCUGCGAUCAGUUGCGUCUGCGUACCAUGCAUGUUCGCCGUCUCAAGGUUUUGCCUUUGGAGAGCAUUGUUCGUGGUUACAUUACUGGUUCUGCUUGGUCGGAGUACAAGAAGACUGGCACUGUGCACGGUAUCGCCAUGCCCGAAGGUCUGCGAGAAAGUCAGAAGUUGGAGAAGCCUCUCUGGACUCCCAGCACCAAGGCCGAGGUCGGUGACAAGGAUGAGAACAUUAGCCCUGAGCAAGCCACAAAGAUUGUUGGCGAGAAGUACGCAAAGAAGAUUGAAGAGCUGAGUUUGAAGGUCUACCAAAUCGUGAGUGUUUUUGUUGGGAGUCACAAUGGUAUUGUGCUAACUGUUUUGCAAAGGNCUAGAGAUUAUGCUGCCGAGCGUGGUAUCAUCAUUGCUGACACCAAAUUCGAGUUUGGCCUUGAUGUCGAUACUGAUGAGGUUAUUCUUGUGGAUGAGGUCCUCACCCCUGACAGUUCGCGCUUCUGGCCUGCAGACAAGUAUGAGUUGGGCAAGUCACAGGACAGCUUCGACAAGGUAUGUUUUGGAGACAAUGCAUGGAAAGAGCAAAUCACUGAUUAUAUGAACAGCNAAUACCUGCGUGACUGGCUGACCAAGGAGGGUCUGAAGGGCAAGGACGGUGUCGAGAUGACCGAUGCCGUGGUCAAGGAGACGGCCAAGAAGUACCGCGAGGCCUUUGAGAUGUUGACUGGCCAGAAGUGGGACGAGGUUGUCAAGAGCAGCGCUUAA